AUGUAUUGGCCCAUCGGAACUCCGCGCGUCUAUGCCACCAGCAGCAGCAGAGCUUCCGACUCCAACAUCUACGUUUCCUACGAUGGCCUGCAGAGCCAUUCAGGCUCCUCAGUCACAUCGCCGCAGCCCGAGUCCGGCGCGCAGCCGCUCAAAUCACCGUCGCCAGAAGACUCCGACGAUGUGCAGCCUCCGCCAACACCCAUGACACCGGCCACGCCGGCUGUCAAGCCUGUCGAACGCUAUGAAUUCUUCCCAGACGGCGGCGCUGCGAAGGACCAGAUUUCUGAAGAGAGACGGGUGCCCGUAAAGGACCCCGUACUUGCUCUGCGCAUUGCCCGCACUGGCCAGAUGUUUGCCGUCAUCACAGCCACAUCAAUCACGCUCUGGCAGACAAAGCCUGCUGUGGUUCUUGCUGUAGUAGUUCGAUCCGAAUCGUCCUUGGAAUCCUAUGGCAUCAACGUCGACCUCCUGCUGCGCCCCGAUUCUGCCAUCUUGGUGGUGCACACAUCUAAAGGAUACCUCAUUACUUACUCAAUAGCCACCGAUGGCGAAUCGAGAGUCUAUAAACCGCAUUUUCCAAACUAUCACAACGUACAAAAGAGAAAACAGAGUCUCAUUGGCCCGCAAUCUCACCUGCGACCUGACCAGAUUCUAUGGGGACCGGGCGAGGGCGGAGGGGUUCGCGAUGUCAGCGUUCGCUUCCGCAUGGUUAUCAAAGUUGACGCCGGUAUAGAGAGUGCCCUAGCUCUCGACGACGAAUUAGUUGUUGCAACAAGGAAGCCUGCCGCCGUACAAUGCAUCCGCUGGACCCCCGACAGCAGUGGGAACCAAACAAGGACAGAGAUCUUGAGUCGCAUGGGCUGGGUGGAGAAAAAGGCUUCCAUCGUGGAAAUGACCCAUGAUCGGCCCAUGAAUCUGGCUACCUGGAUUACGAGCGACGGGAGAGUUUAUGCGGUACAGCGCCUGCAACCUAAGAGCACAAAUGAAAAUGAAGCAGAAGGUGCCGACGCAAAACGCCUCUUCAACGGGCAUUGUUUCUAUACUCCGCAAGAUUCGAGAGGACGUGCCGUGCGCGCCGUGAUUAACGCUCGGUUUUCACUCAUCGCCAUUGGCUGUGCGGAUGGCACGAUCCACGUUUACUCUGUCCGAGACUAUGCGGGCAAUAUUGUGCUUUCUCACACACAUCGUAUGCCCUUUUCCACAGCGACGGCUGGCGUCUUUACAACCCUGACCUACUCACCCGACGGAUACUGUCUCUUCGCGGGCUUCGAAAAGGGCUGGUGUACUUGGAGCAUGUUUGGCAAGCUAGGAAGUCAUAGCUUUGGAGCUGAGCCCAGUGUCGCAAGUACGAAUGGUGAGCAAUGGCUUACGGGAAUCAGAGGCGCAGUCUGGACUGGCGGAGGCUCUGAAAUUCUUCUAUUAGGGCGGCGGCAUGAAGCAAUAUGGUCACUUGAGAUGGCAAAAAAUGCCAUUACCGGUUGCUACAACGAGGCCAACGUCUUUCGUACCGUGCUCCAAACGCCGACGAGUGUCAUGAUAUACCGGGGCUAUGAUCUUCCCGACCUAACGAGCAUCUCGGCUGAGCCCUUCUUGUGGCAUACUUCGAGAAUACCAUCAACAUACCUGCUCAACCAGUGGCCGAUUCGCCAGACCGUCAUUUCUCCGGAUGGACGCUAUGUUGCUGUCGCUGGUCGCCGGGGACUGGCGCACUACAGCGUCAACAGCGGACGAUGGAAGACUUUUACUGAUGAAGCAAUGGAAAACUCAUUCUCAGUUCGCGGAGGCAUGUGCUGGUAUCAACAUAUCCUAGUAGCGGCGAUUGAAGAUAACCGGACGUUUGAACUGCGGCUCUACUCGCGUGAGGCGCCGCUGGAUAAUUCUCAUGUGUUGUACACCGAGCGGCUGCCCGCGCCCGUGGUGCUGAUUGCGGCAUCUGGGGAAGACUCCCUUCUCGUAUACACCUACGAAAAUCUCUUGUACCACUACAUUUUUGUGCCAACUGGCGGAUCGAUUCGCUUGAUUCAAGUUGGCCAGAUUGCAUUUCACGGAAUUGUGCGGUCUCCUGCCAGAGUUCGAGGUCUUAGCUGGAUCCUGCCAGAAAGCCAGAUCAGCGAUGGAGACCCUUCUCAAGACGUGGCCGUUGCGUCCGUUCUCUUCUUAGUCGACGGCAAGCUGGUGUUGCUUAGCCCUUCGACGAAUGAAGAUGGUCAGCUCAAGUAUGAUAUGCGCAUCAUUGCGCAGAAUGUGGAAUACCACGUGAGCAUGCGAGAUCAGCCUCCUAUAAAUAUCAGCCACUCUCCCGAAGAGAGUCAGCUGCGCUAUGGACCGCUUGCCCUCCGCGAUUCCUUGUGGUUGUUUGACGGAAUGGAGAUUAAAGCUUGGGCCGAUAUUCAUGAUGUCCUGACGGCAGCGACGGGUGAUAGCGGGAGAGAACUGCCGCCACCAGUAUCCAUAGAUGUAGACUUUUACCCCCUUUCUAUUCUUUUAGAGAAAGGCAUCGUCCUUGGCGUGGAAUCGGACUUGGUACAGCGGCGCGAUGUGAAUUUUUCCUUUUUUCACUUCGCAAUCAGGACGCAUCUCGUUCUACCAGACAUACUCCGGUUCUAUCUCUGUAACAACAUGACGGUGGAGGCGACAAAUCUCUCUCAGCAGUAUGAAGGAUUAGAGUACUUUGCUCACGGGCUGGAAGUGCUACUUCAUCGUGUGCUAGACGAAGAAGCUGACACAUCACCAAAGCCGGAAGAUGCUGUGUUGCCGCGUGUUUUGUCUCUCCUGUCAUCUUCUAAGGAAUAUCUUGACAUUGUUCUACAGUGCACGAGGAAGACAGAAGUCCGACAGUGGAAGACUCUUUUCGCAUACCUCCCUCCAGCACAAGAGCUGUUUGAGGAAUCUUUACAACGAGGAUCACUCAAGACUGCGGGCGGGUAUCUCAUCAUCCUACACACACUGGAUGAGUUGGAGGCUUCUUUGGAGCAGUCAGUCCGCGUUCUGACAAGGGCAGUCAGAGAGGGCGACUGGGAGUUGUGCAAAGAGCUUGCGAGGUUCCUGGCUGCCAUGGACGAGACUGGAGAGACGCUCAAAGAAGCCAUGAAGAUGGCAAACGUUGGCGUGACUCAGGGCAUCUCAAGCAGACUUGAGCUUCCCGCGACUGGACUGGGGUUUCUUAAUGGGAGCAGCAGGAAUAGUAGCGGAGACGAUGGUGAAACAACGUCUGGUAUGCGGUCUCCUAGUGAUGCCGGUAGCAUGGGCUCGACAAUCAGUCCAUUGGAUGGGUGA